AUGGAGACCGUAAUGCUGCUAAUUAUGUUGAUUCUUACAGUGGCAAUGGUAUCGUGCAGCAGGCACGUAAUAGCCAAGCCGCGCUGCCCUAACUGCGGCAGCACUCCGGUGCCAUACCCACUUAGCACAGACCCAGGCUGCGGUGACCCACUCUACAGGGUUAGCUGCAAAGCAGGCAAAUUGUGGUUAGAUGCCCUAAAUGAAUCCUCCUACCUCAUCGCAUCCACCAAUCCUUUAACUCAACGGCUAAUCUCGGUUAUCCAACUAUAUACAGCUCGGAAUUGUUCCUCAACUAGCAGAUGCCAUGACUACAUCAGAGAAAACGCAAUAGCCAAAGCUUCCUGUGGGAUCACAACCACAUGUUGUUGGUUUACGACUGGUGGAUCUGCCAAUGAAUUCUCUGUUAGGAUUCGUGAGGACAGGUGUUCAGCGUACCAAAGUUUUGUGAAUUUGGAUUUGGCGUCGCCAGUGAGCAAGUGGCCGGAGCCUGGAUUGGAGGUGGAGUGGUUGUUGCCUCGGGAACCUGAUCCAAUCAGUGCUGGAAAGAAAAGAUGCUAUUGCCGUGCUGGGUUCCGUUGGGAUCCCAUCAAUGGAGUAUGUCUAGUGGGUCAGAAGUGUCAAAAGGGAGGGUCUUGCCAUCGACACAAGAGAAAAACCCCACUAAUUGCUGCCCUUUCUGCGGGUGCAAUGCUUCUUGGAAUCUCAUUUACUGUUUUAGUAUACAAAAACAAUCGACGAAGAAGAGGAGAAUUAGCCAAAGUAUGUUUAAGUAAUGUAAGGGAAAGAAUUAUAAACGUCAGCAGCAAUGGAUUGACAUGCAAAGAGAUAACAAAAGCGACAAACAACUUCUCCAGAGACAAUCUCCUCGGUUCAGGAGGAUUUGGUGAGGUCUUCAAGGGAAUUCUUUAUGAUGGAACCAUCAUAGCCAUCAAGCGUGCCAAGGCUGGAAACACAAAGGGGAUUGAUCAAAUAAUGAACGAGGUUCGAAUUCUAUUGCAAGUCAAACAUCGGUGCCUAGUAAAACUUCUGGGUUGUUGUGUUGAGCUGGAGCAGCCUCUCUUGGUUUUCGAGUACAUCUCUAAUGGAACCCUAUUUGAUCAUCUCCAUAAUACUGGAUGUUUCGGCGAAAAAACCCCAUUAACUUGGCAUCGCAGGCUUGUCAUUGCCCAUCAAACAGCAGAGGGUAUUGCAUAUCUCCACUCCUCCGCCGCACCACCCAUUUAUCACCGUGAUAUUAAAUCUAGCAACAUUUUGCUAGACGAUGAUCUCAACGCCAAAGUUUCUGAUUUUGGGCUUUCCAGGCUAGCUGUGAGCGAUACAAGUCACAUUUCAACUUGUGCACAAGGAACCUUGGGCCAUCUUGAUCCUGAGUAUUACCUCAAUUUUCAGUUAACUGAUAAGAGUGAUGUUUACAGUUUCAGAGUUGUGUUAUUAGAGCUUCUGACUUCUAAAACCAUUGAUUUUAACAGACUAGACGAUGAUGUGAACUUGGUGGUUUAUGGUAGGAAGAUUUUGAAAGAAGAGAGAUUAUUGGAUGCCAUUGAUCCCGUGCUUAAAGAAUGAGCUAGUAUGUUGGAGUUGGAGACAAUGAAGGCUUUGGGAUCUCUAGCAGCAGCUUGCUUGGAUGAGAAGAGGCAGAAUUGGCCUUCAAUGAAAGAAGCUGCUGAUGAGAUUGAGUAUAUUAUUAGUCUUCUUGCAGCCGAUAAGGUUUCGUAUAAACUCAACUAG